GAAAUGUUGAUCCAGGCAGGUGCGUGCGGGACAGGUAAAACAGGCACGGGACUGUGUGAAGGUGUGUCUCCUGUUUGUUGAUGUACUCUUCCUCGCGAUUUUUUAAAGCGGGCAACUAAAAUAGUCCAAACUGACCGCGCGGAUCUUUUUCUAAAGGAUGAAGAACGAGGGAGAGACGACUGAACAGCCUGACAACACAGCAUUCACGCAGCAACGGCUCCCGGCAUGGCAGCCCAUACUCUCCGCUGGCAUUGUCAUUCCUGGCUUUCUGCUCAUUGGCUUGGCCUUCAUAGGCAUCGGAGUUGGCCUCUUUCUGACCUCGCAGACCAUUACCGUGCUAGAGAUGGAUUACACAGGCGUUGAGAAGGAUAAACCCUGUUUCGGCUGUACGAUUCCAAAUAUCCAAAACUGCACUUGUGAAGUCCAAUUCUCCCUCAGCACAUUGUUUAAAGGCCCCGUCUUCUUUUACUAUGGCCUGUCUAACUACUUCCAGAACUUCAGGAAAUAUGGCGUGUCAAAAGACUACUAUCAGCUCACUGGCGAUACAAAAUACUUCAUGAGUCCACAAGAUUCCUGCUCUCCAUUUGCCUAUGACUCCAAAAAGAACCCUAUUGUCCCAUGUGGCGCUAUAGCAAAUAGCAUGUUUAAUGACACAUUUGAGCUCUACCAAUUAAUCAAUGGUACAAAGAAGCAGGUUCCAUUAGAUGGUAAAGGAAUCUCCUGGUGGACCGAUUACAACAUCAAGUACAGGAACCCUUCGCCUGUGAACGGCUCUUUUGCAAAUGCUUUCUCUGGUACAAGGAAUCCCAUAAACUGGCCCAAGCCAGUAUAUGAGCUGGACCUCACUGACCAAAACAACAAUGGUUUCCUGAACCAGGACUUUCUUGUGUGGAUGAGGAGAGCAGCACUUCCUGAUUUCAGGAAGCUAUACCGACGAAUCACACAGGGUGAUUAUGCCGAGGGCCUCCCUGCUGGGAACUACUCUCUUACAAUCCAUUACAACUACCCAGUACUGACUUUUGAUGGACGUAAGAAGGUGGUCUUCAGCAAUGUGUCCUGGAUGGGAGGGAAGAAUGAUUUCUUGGGCAUUGCUUAUUUAGUGGUUGGCUCCUUGUGUGUGGUCAUGUCAGUGGUUAUGCUCAUUGUUUACGCCAAAUUCAAAUUCUCAGAUGAUGAUGAUGUGUAAUGAUCAUCAUCAAUGAUCAAACAUGAAAGGAUAGAAAUAAGGGGCUCAUUAAAAGGACAGUUCAUCCAAAAAUGAUAAUUCUGUCAUCAUUUACUCACCCUCAAGUUGUUCCAAACCUGUAUGAGUUUCUUUCUUCUGCUGAACACAAAAGAAGAUAUUUUGAAGAACAUGAGUAGCCAAACAGUUCAUGAGCCCCAUUGACUUCCAUAGUAUGGGGGAAAAAUACUAUGGAAGUCAAUGGGGACCAUCAACUGUUGGGUUACUGACAUUUUUCAAGCAGCAGAAAAAAAAAAAUCAUACAGGUUUGGAACAACUUUUUCAGAAUUUUCAUUUUUGGGUGAACUAUCCCUUUAAGAUGGAGCCAUAUUUUGUUUUCAAACAAUAACAUGAAAAAUCAAGUUCUAGAUACUCAUUUUGCUUUCACUUGCUAGAAAGUUUUAACUUCAGGUCAUUUAUUUAUUUCUUUUUAAUCAGGAAUUGUUCAUUUACUAAAAGAACUUUAAUAACAGAAUAUGCAAAAACUCAAUUAUGGUAAUGGUAAAAGAGCAAAAAGCUUCAAUGCUAUUAUUCAGGACUGUUACAGGUUUUUAGUCUACUUAGACUGUCUCAGGUAUAAAAGAUGAAUUAGUUGUUCAAUUAGUUUCUGGACAAUACAGAUAAAAAGAGCUCAUAAUAUUUUAAAAUUUCUUUAAAUUUGAUCUCUUGACUACACAAGAAAUGUUUAACAGAUAUAUAGACAGAGACAGCUUUAGGUGCCAUGUAUACUUGUCAAAUCCAGGUUUAGUUUAUAUUGAAAAUUAAAAUGUAUUGUGACUUGUUUGUUUUCUCUAAUAAACUUUAAAUGCUGUUUUAUAAUA